CUCGUUACUCAAGCACGAAACCGCUUUUUCGCGUGGAGCCGCUCGCGCGACGGCAUGACAGCGGUGUGCGGAGUUACAUUAGCACUGAGCUAACAAACAAUGUACAACUAAAGACAGGACAGAAAAACUUUAAACAAUAUACAUCUUUCUUUUUAUUUCUUGAAUUACUCCUGCGAAAGGACCAACUUCGGAAAAAUGAGUUUGCUGGCCAAAAUCGCCGAGAUCGAGAACGAGAUGGCUCGUACUCAGAAGAACAAGGCCACAGCGCAUCACUUGGGUCUGCUGAAGGCUCGACUCGCCAAACUGCGCAGGGAGCUCAUCACUCCUAAAGGAGGUGGUGGAGGAGGACCCGGAGAAGGCUUUGACGUUGCAAAGACAGGAGACGCGCGUAUUGGUUUUGUGGGUUUCCCCUCGGUGGGUAAGUCCACUCUCCUGAGUAACCUGGCUGGAGUGUACUCCGAAGUGGCUGCUUAUGAGUUCACUACUCUCACCACGGUGCCGGGAGUGAUCCGCUACAAAGGAGCCAAAAUCCAGCUUUUGGAUCUCCCAGGAAUCAUCGAAGGAGCCAAAGAUGGUAAAGGAAGAGGACGACAAGUUAUAGCAGUGGCUCGUACCUGCAACCUGAUCCUGAUCGUCCUGGAUGUUCUGAAGCCUCUUGGACACAAGAAGCUGCUCGAGCACGAGCUGGAGGGCUUCGGCAUCCGCCUCAACAAGAAACCUCCCAACAUCGGGUUUAAGAAGAAGGACAAAGGAGGAAUUAACUUCACCAGUACUUGUGCACAGUCUGAGUUGGAUGGAGAAACAGUAAAGAGCAUUCUGGCAGAGUAUAAAAUCCACAACGCUGACAUAACACUGAGGAGCGACGUGACAGCUGACGACCUCAUAGACGUAGUGGAAGGAAACAGAGUAUACAUCCCCUGUAUUUACGUCUUGAACAAAAUCGACCAGAUCUCCAUCGAAGAGCUGGACAUCAUCUACAAAGUCCCUCACUGUGUGCCGAUCUCCGCUCACCACCGCUGGAACUUUGACGACCUCCUGGAGAAGAUCUGGGAUUACCUUCACCUCGUACGCAUCUACACCAAGCCCAAGGGUCAGCUCCCUGACUACACAGCUCCUGUGGUCCUUCCCGAUGGAUGUACAUCUGUUGAAGAUUUCUGUCUUAAAAUCCACAAAAAUCUCAUCAAGGAGUUUAAAUACGCGCUGGUGUGGGGCGCCUCAGUGAAACACAACCCUCAGAAAGUGGGCAAAGACCACGUGAUGGAGGACGAGGACGUCAUCCAGCUGGUCAAGAAGUAAA